CUGGAGUGUGGAGGGUGUCAACCACUUUCUGAAGACUCCUGAAGGAGAGCCAGUAUGGUUUGUUUGACUGAAAUGUCUUUGCUUUUCGUUCUCUUCAUGGCUUCAUCAGCUUUUGCUCAAGAAAUAAAGCCUCUAUCAGAUGCUGACUUGGAUGCAUUCAUUAAAGGACAAAUCAAAAAUCCCAAAACAAAUGCAGUUGAAAAGUAUGCAUGUGGGCCAAGCUGUCCGGAUGGCUGGGUGAAAUUUAAUGAACGCUGCUUCAGCUACUUUUCCAAAUCUAUGGACUGGACCUCUGCUGAGGAUCACUGUUUAAGUCUUAAUGCUCACCUGGUCUCAAUACACAAUGAAAAUGAAAAUAAAAUGGUGAAGGCUCUAAUCCGUGCUUACGACCCUAAGGAGAACCCUACAUGGACUGGUCUCUCUGACUGUCAGAAGACAAAUAGCUGGUUCUGGUCUGAUGGGACAAAAUUCAAGUACAGCAAGUGGAAUCCAAAUGAACCCAAUCAUCACAAUGGAGAGUGCUGUGGGCACAUCAACUGGAGUAGCGCGUCUGGUCCUCAGAAGGACUGGAAUGAUAUUCCAUGUGGAAGUCCAUAUCCUUUUGUCUGCGUCAAGACGCUGAUGCGCGCAGACCUACAACAGGACCGAAUGACCCACGCCGUCACUCUCUCCAGGAAACAGUGUUCCACCCGUUUUCGGCGUUCCCUUGUAACCCUUGGCACCGCCUACAUAGAGCGUGACACCGCCUACAUAGAGCGUGACACCGCCUACAUAGAGCAGUGGUAG